GACCUGCAAAAGUAACAGCUGACCAGAUGACUCCCAUGCGCAGAGAGACCCCGAAGGAGAAAGGAGGGCUUUGAAGGUUCAACUCCAUGACUAGUCUUGCUUUCGAUGAGGUCGACGUGGAUGCGUUAGGAGGAGCUGUGCAUGGAAGAUGUACAACUCAGACCCAGACCAUUCAUUAUAAUAUCAGGACAUUAAGUAUAUCUCAAGCGGAGUCAAUGUUGUCUCAAGCUUGUCUUCUCCCUUGUAGCACAAGUUUUGUUGAACACAAGCCAAAGCGGUCACCAAGCAGCAAACGCGUAGCUCCAAUACGUGGAAAGAGAGUACAAGAUCGGCAUCAGGCAAUCGAGAAAGCCGGAACUUGGGAAGUAAACAAGCCAAUGAGAUUGGAAUUUGGUCCUAGAGCAAGAGAACUUCCAGGAAAGUUGGCAAUAGAAGCGGCUUAACCCCUUUCAUAGAGGUAUAGCUGCUCUUUCUCAUCCCAAUCCAGGAAAUUCAUAAACAGAAAUUUUGGAAAUUGAAUUCAGGUUCCAUUGAACGGCUAAAUAGAAUUUUUCCUCAGCUGAUUCGGCGUGUAAAGAAGCGUCUGUUCUUGAGCCACUCCAGACUGUGAAAUGACGAUCAAGAGCUCUGCUGAAGGUCCAAGCAGCAUUCAUCUGGAUAUUCCUCAGUUGAAGAAGAAAAAAGAUGCCAUCAUUUCACCCGCCACAAUCUUUGAGCCGCAAACUAGUGCCGGUAGGAGAGAUGGAAGCACCAGAAACUCUGUUUCCCCCAUGCUGCCGGCCCCGGAGAAAAAGCUGACUCUGUUUGCUCUCCGCCUUGCGGUUCUCGAAAAAGCUGCCACUGGCCUGGGAGCCCUUGGUUUCAUCUGGGCCACGGUUGUACUCCUGGGGGGCUUUGCCAUUACCUUAGACAAAACCGACUUCUGGUUCAUCACCAUCAUUUUAUUAAUUGAAGGAGCUCGAAUAUUCAGCAGGAGUCAUGAGCUGGAAUGGCAACACCAGUCCACUUGGUCAAUAGCUGAUGCGGGAAUUAGCAGCUUCCAAAAGCUCAGAUCGAGCUCUAGAGCUCUAGCUGAAUCCGUGAAGGAUAUGUUGAGUCCCGUAAGCUCUGGUGCGAGGAAGCAAAGUCAACACAGCUGGGAAAUUUCCGAAACCACAGAUGCAACAAAUGUCAGAGAGCAGAAAUUGCAAAGGAAGGCGACCCGGAAAUGGACUUCUUCGGAAGUUCCUAUUCUACCUUAUGGAGGGUGGGUUUUCCUUUCGAGAAAUAUCAGCAAGAUUCUCUAUUGGCUUCAGCUCUUAUCUGCAAUUACCUGCGUCGUGCUCUCAUUGAUGAAGCUCAUCGAGCACAAUUAUGGUGAGGUAGCUAAUGGAGACACGGACCAGAGGAACCGGAAAGCUGCUCUGAUUAUCUUUUAUGCCUUGGCUUUGGCAGAAGCUCUGGUCUUCCUGACAGAGAAACUUUACUGGGAAUGGAAGGUAGUCAUCUGUAAGCUUCUUGAAGGGGUGAACAAGGAAUGCAAUCUGGGGGCUUCAGGUAUGAUCUCGACUCGGCGAUUUUUCUAUGACUCCUACUCGAGAUGUAUUAAUGGGAGCAUUUUUAAUGGCCUGGAAAUGGAUAUGGUGACUUUUGCAAUGGAUCUCUUAUGUUCAAACUCGCCGGAUGAGCAGCUCGUAGGAGCCAGGAUUCUUCGCCGGUUUUCUACAUCAGAACGGUUUUCAGAUGACACACUUCAGAAGAUCGGAACAACUCUGCCAGUUAUAGAGAGACUGGUGGAGAUCUUAAAUUGGAAAGACCCACAAGAGGAAGAAAUCAGGCUAUCAGCCGCAGAAAUAGUAUCCAAAUUAGCCGGGAAAAAGCAAAACUCCCUUCGGGUCGCUGGAAUACCCGGGGCAAUGGAAUCGAUAUCAUCUCUUCUACAGACAAACAGAAGCCCCAGUUCUAUAGCAGGCGAAAUUGGCGAAAAGAAAAUCAUCUUUGACCGUGAGGACUAUGGAUACUGGACUUUCAAUAAUUUUGGGCUAGUCAUUCUGAUGGAACUAGCCCGUGAUCACAAUAACUGCGGAAAAAUUGGAAACACAAGGGGCCUUCUUUCCAAAAUCAUAGAUUUCACUCAUGCUGAUGAAAGAAUAUUGAAGUACUCAACCGUCACCACAUCGCAGGUUUCGACUGUUGAAAGAUCCCUACAGGUUGUGAAGAUGCUGGCAAGCACAACGGGUACCACAGGGAAAAAUCUCCGGAGAGAGAUCUCGGAGAUAGUCUUCACCAUAAGCAACAUAAGAGAUAUUCUACGAUACGGAGAGAAACAGCCGGAACUGCAGAAACUAGGGAUUGAGAUCCUUACCAGUUUGGCACAGGACAACGAUGCGACGGAGCGAAUAGGAGGGACCGGUGGAGUUCUGAAAGAACUGUUAAAGAUUUUCUUCCAAGGAGUGCUGGAAGAUAAAAGGGAUGUGAGGAUUGUGGCCGGAGAAGCCCUGGCAAUGCUGGCUUUCGAGAGCAAGAGCAACUGUCAUCGCAUCUUGAAGUUAAAUGUAGUGGACAGGCUCCUAGAAGCAUUGCAGAUUCCGCUUCUUCGUGUUAAUGCUGGAAGAAUUUUGAGGAAUCUGUGCACUUACACUGGAUCAGAGUCCUCCAACCAGCUAAAGGGAGUAACAGCAGCAGCACCAACGGUUCUCAAUGCAAUCUUGUCAGAAGAAGGCAAACUACAAGAGGUAAUGGUUGGACUAGCAGCACAUGCUUUCAAGUUCAUGACAGCAGAAGAAUCCACCGCUGUCUUCGAGAGGGCGGGGCUUAGAGAAGCUGAAUUAGCUUGCGCUUUGGCCGAGAUCCUGAGGAGCCACCGGAACCCGCAUACAAAGGUGCCGAGAAUGAGAAGGUUUGCUAUCGAGCUGGCAAUCUGCAUGAUGAGAGACAAAUCGACGAAUGUGCAGAUCUUCAGGGAUCUGGGCAUGGAGGAGGAGCUUGAAGGAGUCUUGGAUACCACAUCCGAGUUGGAAAGCUUCAAUAUUUUCUCUGGCUCCAUUGGAUUAAGCAGGCACAGCACGACCAUUCACUCGCUUGUUGAGACCGCACUCAUGCUGCUGAAGAUCAGGACUGAUCAAACAAUAGGUUACUGACCCAGUGAUGAUGCCAAAUUAUCCAACGAAGGUAAACAUGAAGGCAUGCUAGUCCAUUCUCUAAUCCCAGAUGUAAAGAAACAAAGGCAAUUGCUUCUUCGGCAACUCUGCCCGGCAAUUAGUUCUGAUGAAAUACUUGUGGAAGUUAUCACCUUCCUUAUUUGUUCGCACUGAAUUUGUGCGAUUUACAGCACACCACAUGUACUACUACCAAAACAAAUGCAAGAUGCGUGCAUACACCUGCACAUUCUUUUAGUUUUUCAAUAUGACUCCUGAACAUUCGAGCA